AUGGUGUCGCGGCUCCUGAGUCGUUUGAAGCACUCACUCUUGAAAGAUGGCUUGGUCCCGGGGCCUGAGCCGCUGUGGCGGAUGGAGGAUAGCUGCGAGGUGGAACUGGAAGAGGAAAAAGAGUCCGUGGCAGAACGACUUAUUGGCACGCUGUCUUUCGCCGGCAAUGGAGCAGCGCAACAUGGAGAGGAAGGGGAGGGGUCGGGCUUGGACAGUGACUUGGACUUCCUGGACAAGUCACUGGAAGAUGGGCUUCGCAGGAGAGAUGCCAGUUCUGUUUCUCCAGCCCCUUUCAACUUGCAAGGGACUCGGGCAGGAACUGGCCAGGCAGACAUUUUGUUGUUUGAGGUGACAAAUGCUACCGUGGUCCAAGACACGUCCUUGAAGUAUGUGCUUUACACCAUCCACGUCAUCCGGACACGUGACAGUGACAAGACACCGGCCGUCAUCGCCCGUCGUUACUCAGAUUUUCUGCGGCUGCACGCCACCCUGCUCCAUCACCGUGGAGACCAGAUGGAGAGUGUGUGUUUCCCGCGAAAGAAGCUGCGCAAGAACUUCACGGCCGAGACCAUCGCCAGGCGAAGCCGGGCUUUUGAGCAGUACCUGACGCAUCUGUGCUCCGUCCCAGCCCUCCGGGAACUGCCCUGUGUGCGCUGCUUCUUCUACCUGACAGACCUCCAGACUGGACAACUGUUUGUCAGUGUCGACCGCUACCAGGACGCUCUGGGAUCGUUGCUCAAUGCCAAGAGGCUGCAAGACAAAUUGGGCAGUCCUCCAGAUCCCCUUCAUUGGCUCUUCACUCUUGUGGGACUGUGCUGCUGCUUCCAAGGAGUGGAGCAGCUGGAAGAAGCCCAGGAUCAAUGUGAACAUGCCCUCCGUGUCCUGAUCCCCCCAGAGAGGACAAACAGGCCACUCCCAGUGCUGAUGUCAUUGUUACAGGCCGCGGUGCGCCUGUCGUGGCAGAUGGGACAAGAUAAGCGGCGAUGGGAACAGCUUCUCCAUAAGCUUGAUGAGCAGGGGGCAGGGCUGAACAGUCAACCAACCAUCAAGGAAUUUCUGGUCAAAUGUAAUCUGCAAGACAGCCAAAAGGAUGCAUUUUAUGUCAACAAACGUAAAAUCCCAUCAUUUUAA